GGCGAUCAGAGGCAUAUCAAAUUUUGGCUUUGAUGAGUUCUCUGGGAAUUUCUAUCUCUGUGAAAGUUUGGAACAUAUUAAUUGAUGGAUUUUGUCGAUUAGGUAAACCUUGGAUGGCAGAAGCUUUACUGAACAAGAUGCUUGAGAUUAGUUGUUCCCCUAAUAUUUUAACAUACACAAUAUUGAUUAAGGGAUUCAUGGAUUCAGGAAUGGUCGGUACUGCCUUUAAUAUUUUACGCACCAUGGAAUCCGAAGGGCAUAUUCCUGACUUGGUUCUUUGUAACAUUUUGAUAGACUGUUUGUCUAAAAUUGGAAGAUUUGAUGAUGCACUUGAUGUUUUUGUAAGCUUGUUGAAAUGGAAGUUGGUGCCAGAUUCUUGCACUUUCUCUUCUUUAUUGUCUAACAUCUGUUUGUCCCGAAGGUUUUCCCUUUUACCAGACUUAGUUAGCGGAUUUGUGAUAGAUCUAGACCUUGUAGCAUGUAACUCACUUUUAAGUUAUUUUUGCAAGGCUAGGUUACCAUCUUUUGCUGUGGAGUUAUAUAACGACAUGCUUGAUAGAGGCUUUAUGCCAGACAAGUAUAGCUUUGUAGGUGUACUUAGUGGAUUAUGCGGGGCAGGAAGAAUUGCUGAAGCUGUUAAUGUGUAUCAGGGUAUGGUCUUGAGUCAUCUUGAUCUUGACGCGCAUGUCCAUACUAUCAUCAUUGAUAGGCUUAUAAGAGCUGGUAAAUGUCAAAGAGCCAUUUGUUUGUUCAGGAGAGCCAUUUUAAAAAAAUACCCACUAGAUGUCGUUUCUUAUACAGUUGUCAUCUGUGGACUUAUCAAGGCUGGAAGAAUGGAAGAAGCUUAUUCUUUGUAUACCCAGAUGGAGGAGGUUGGUAUAGUUCCUAAUGCACAUACAUAUGACACAAUUAUAUCUGGCUUCGGCAAGGAAAAAGAUGUUAAAGUGAUCAAGGUUAAUCCAAGAAAUCAGUGAAGAAAUGUUGAUUAACAGGCACUGUAGCUGUAUAUUUAGAGAUACAGGCUACAAUAUUAGUUUGAUGGGAGAUAUGACUUCUUGCUUGACAGAAGCAUUGCAUAAAAUUUCUAGUAUUCUGAUAUCGGAGUCUUCAGCAAAUCUGAUAACAAAUUGUCAUUGGCAAGUUAGAUCUUUGUGGCUGGAAAAUUCAAAAGCCAUGUUGAAUGUCGUUGUGGUUUCCCUGUAGGUCUCCCCUAUGCUGGAAAGUGAUAAUGCUGCAGCCGUACAAAGAGGUCAUCUCAUUAAGUCAAGGAUGCUGGUUUGUCCAGUGCCGUUUGCCUUUCCACCUGUUGUGCACCCUGCACUUCUCUGGAUUUGGGUGCCAUGGAAGGAGAGAGCUACUAGGAGAUACACUAAGUGAUAAGGCAAAUUGGGUAAGAAGCAAUCACAAAGCUUAUUGAUUUCAGCCAUACCCAUAAUGUGGAAUUGAAGGAGCUGGUCUCUAAAAUGCUGAGGAUGUUGUAUGGACAGAAGGUUCUGGUAGUGGUUUACCAUGUGGUCAUGAAUAAUUGCGUGACAUUUCCUAUUAAAGGGAUAUACUGGAAUCAUGAAG